AUGUUAAUUUGGCCUGGUCACCCUUUUUUGUCAUCCGUUGAAGUACUGUUAAAAAUAUUAAUUGAUCAAUAUUUAUUAUCGUCUUAUUGUGUUACAAUCAUUUCUAACGAGCCGAUACAUGUUGCUCUUUCUAUUCCAUAUAGAAUUUUUUUAAUACAGAACAUUACUGAGAAUUUCGUUGAUGAGAUGAUAAAUGCUUCCGAUGCUGGGUGUUCUGAUUAUAUAAUACGGUUAGAAAAUCCAAACGAGUUCAUGAUUGCUUUUGAUAAAGUGGCACAUGAAGGACACGUUAGGCGCAGUGACAAAAAACUUAUUAUCUUGCCAUCUAAACUAACUCACGAAGUAAAUAGGCAGCGACAGCUAGAUGUUCUGAGAAUGAAAGAAACGAAUUUUAUCGUUCACAUACUGUUAGUUAUUCCUAUUAUCACUAAAGAUGAUUGCCAAGUUUUUGAUCUAGUCACUCACAAAUUCGUAGGUGUUGACAAUAGUAUGCCGAUUUAUUUGGAUCGUUGGAAUUCAUGCUCGCAAACGUUUGAUAAAAAUUCGUCAUUAUUUCCUCACAACCUUUCAAAUUUAGACGGUAAAGUGGUAAAAGUGGCAUGUUUUACAUAUAAGCCCUAUGUUUUGUUAAACAUUGAUACUAACAUUGCACCGCUAGGACGGGACGGUGUCGAAAUACAGUUAAUGGAUGAAUUCUGCAGAUGGGUUAAUUGUACGAUAGAAUUAGUAGAAAAUAAUGGGGAGGAGUGGGGAGAAAUAUACGAAAAUUUUACAGGUCUUGGUGUACUUGGACGCGUCGUAGAGGACCGGGCGGACUUCGGCAUAACUGCAUUAUAUUCGUGGUACGAAGAGUUCUUACUGAUGGAUUUUUCGGUAUAUAGUGUUAGGACGGCUGUGACUUGUAUAGCUCCAUCACCGAGAUUAUUAGCAAGUUGGACGUUGCCGCUGAUGCCAUUCAGCUUAUACAUGUGGAUUGGACUUAUAUUUACAUUUCUAUACGCCUCUCUGGCUUUAAUGCUCGGCCAACGUUUUUCUUCGGAAAAUGUAUUUCUGACAACAUUUGGUCUAUUAAUAACGCAGUCUCAGAGCGAAAGAAAAUUUCAAUCAUGGCGGAUUCGGAGUGUGGUCAUUUGGGUGAUGUUAACUGGAUUAGUACUAGACAAUGCUUAUGGUGGAGGACUAGCAGCCACCUUUACCGUUCCUAAAUAUGAGCCCUCUAUUGAUACAAUUCAGGACAUCGUGGAUAGAAAACUGAUAUGGGGAGCAACACAUGAUGCUUGGGUGUUUUCACUUACCCUAUCACAGGAACCGCUUAUUAAACAAUUAACAAAGCAAUUUCAUUCGUUUGAACCAGAGGAACUAAAACGCUUAAGCUUUACUCGAAAAAUAGCUUAUAGUAUUGAAAAAUUGCCUGCAGGAUACUUUGCAAUUGGAGAAUAUGUAACUGAAGAAGCAGUUCGUGAUUUUACUUUAAUGUUGCAAGACUUCUAUUAUGAGCAUUGCGUUGUAAUGAUGCGGAAAAGUUCCCCGUAUACCAAUAAAAUAAAUGAACACAUUGGAAGACUACAUGAGUCAGGACUCAUGCUAGCUUGGGAAACUCAGAUUGCGUUGAAAUAUCUUAACUAUAAGGUUCAGCUGGAAGUGAAACUAUCUCGUUCGAAGCACGAUGUAGAAACUAUAGAACCGUUACAAUUUCGCCAUGUUCUAGGAAUUUUUAUUAUAUAUGGAAUUGGAUUGUUAUUAGGUCUAGCGAAUUAUCUCUGCGAGCAAUAUAUAAAUCGUGAUCUCCGAAUUGUGCACCUCAUUCACAAUACCAGGAUUCACUUACUACCUGCUAUGAAUCCCGAUGGAUGGCAAUUAUCAACUGACACAGGUGCAAGGGAUUUCCUUAUUGGAAGAACAAACAACCAUUCCAUUGAUUUAAACAGAAAUUUUCCCGAUUUGGAUGCAAUAACAUUUGAAUUUGAACGUCAAGGAAUAAGUCAUAACAAUCACUUAUUAAAAGAUGUUACCCGUCUUGCUGCACCGCUUGAACCGGAAACAAGAGCUGUGAUGAGAUGGAUGAUGGCUAUUCCAUUCGUACUAAGCGCAGCAUUGCAUGGUGGAGACUUGGUUGCCAACUACCCUUAUGAUGAAAGCCGGAGUGGUGCCCCUGUCUCUGAAUAUUCUGCCAGUCCUGAUGAUGAGACAUUUAGGGAGUUAGCAAUGGCAUAUGCGGAAGCGCACGCGGACAUGGCGGACCCGAGGCGGGCCGGGUGUCCCGUGGGCGCGGGGGAGGACGCCACUUCCUACAACUUUGGGAAACAGGGCGGCGUCACCAACGGGGCGGCUUGGUACAGUUUGAAAGGAGGCAUGCAAGACUUCAACUACUUGGCAACAAAUGCGUUUGAGAUAACUCUCGAAUUGGGUUGUCAAAAGUACCCACCAGCGGAGGAAUUAGAGAGCGAAUGGCACAGAAAUCGCGAAGCGUUGCUCGCUUUUAUAUGGAAGGUGCAUACUGGAGUCAAGGGCAUCGUCAGUGACGAUUCGGGAUUCAUACAGAACGCUGUAAUUUCCGUGGUCAACAUUACUGGACUGUUGCCAAGGCCGAUCCGACAUGAUAUUACGACAGGUGCUUACGGUGAUUACUACCGCUUACUGACCCCGGGCCACUACGAAGUUACGGCAAGUCAUCCCGGGUACUUCCCGGUAUCGCGAAUCGUCACAGUCCCGCAUCACCAAACUGCCGCCAAAAUCCUUAAUUUCCGACUGGAGCCCACAACCAGCUGGUUUGACGACUACACGACAUUCGGCUUGUAUCCUCACGGCCUGCGUGAUGGCCAGCCGCGUAUAUACAAGAGAUCGCUGUACGAACAAAUCACAAACACGUUACUGGAGAAAAAGGAACCCCCAAAACAUUAAUUAACCAAAGUCGUAAGUACAAUGGAAAAUUAUUUAUUCUCGUGUCUCUAUACAAAUUUUCAGAAUAUUAGAACAAAUUUGUUACCUUUAAAAUAUAUAUUUCUAAACGUGUAAUUAGACAAUUUAAUGUUGUGCAAUGGUGUGUAUGAAACAGUUUAUGAUUAUUACUUCUACGGCUUAAAUUUUCCUCAUACAAUCUUUGUUUGGUACAAAUGACAUUUAAUUAAUGUUAUAGUUAUGGCUGGCGGAUUUUUGUAAAGAAAUUAUUGUAUAUUAAUAUGUGUAAUUGCAAUGAACUUGCAUUUUUUUAAUAUAAUAAAAUCAUUGCACGCCACAAA